ACUUAAUUCAAAUCGAAUUGAAUCGAGAAACGAGUUGAACGGUUACACGCAGUAUACUCAUAUAAUAUCCCAAUUGUUUAUUUAUUACGAGUUGAUCUGUUGUUUAGAAGUGAAGUUUGUUGGUUAUAUCGACUGAGAAAAGACUCUUGAAUCGGUUUUCGGAGAAAUAUGAAUUUAUCUUUCGCCGGUUGUGGUUUUUUGGGUAUCUACCAUGUCGGAGUUGCCUGUUGUUUUCGAAAAUAUGCGCCCCAUUUACUAUUGGACAAGAUUUCGGGGGCAUCAGCGGGAGCAAUUGCUGCAUGCUGCUUGAUCUGUGAUCUGCCUAUUGGUGAUAUGACCAGUGAUGUUCUCCGAGUAUGUACGGAAGCCCGAAGCAGGUCUCUAGGUGCCUUCUCUCCUUCGUUUAAUAUUCACAAAUUAAUGUUAGAAAAUUUAGAAAAAUUUUUACCAGAAGAUGCUCAUAUCAGAUGUAGUGGAAAACUUCACGUAUCCCUUACUAGAGUUCAUGACGGAAAGAACGUUGUGGUUUCACAAUUUGACAGCAGAGAAGAUUUAAUCCAAAUUCUGCUAGCAUCAGCCUUCAUUCCAUUCUUCUCUGGAUUAAUUCCUCCAAAAUUCAAGGGCGUACGUUAUAUGGAUGGUGGUUAUAGCGACAAUUUACCUACUUUAGACGAAAAUACCAUUACAGUUAGUCCAUUCUGUGGUGAAAGUGAUAUUUGUCCAAGAGAUGACAGCUCACAACUAUUCCAUAUUAACAUCGCAAACACAAGUAUAGAACUCUCCAAGCACAACAUGUAUAGAAUAGUUCGUAUACUGUUUCCGCCAAAACCUGAGAUUUUGUCAAAUAUGUGCAAACAAGGAUUCGACGAUGCGCUUAGAUUUCUACAUAGGAACAACUUGAUCAAUUGCACCAGGUGCUUGGCUGUGCAAUCUACAUUCGUGGUCUCAGAAACUUUGGACGAAGAAUUGGAAUACGACCCACAGUGUAAAGAAUGUAAACUUCAUAGACAAGAAGCACUUGUAUCUAAUGUACCUGAAUCUGUCCUAAGUAAAUUUCAAGAAGCCGUGGACAAAGCCAACAAUGGUCUUCUAAAUUGGUUGUUCAAACACAGGGGUAUGAAACUGCUGUCUGUGCUUACGUUACCUUACACCUUACCUGCUGAUGUAAUGUAUGCUACAUUUACAAAGUUUCAAACAUUUCCGAUAAAACCUGGUCGGUCGAUGGCAUUUUAUAGAAAUUGCGCCCAAUUUCACUUUCAGAGUUUUAUGGGCAAAAUAUAUGACAAUAAAUCGUAUCAAUUUGAAUUACUGGGAAAUGCCAUUUUAGCUUCACCUUCAUUUGCAUGCCACGAACAUAUUUAUAGAGAAAAAAGAUUUAUGGUAGCAGCACCACAACUUGGAAAUGGAGCAUGGGAAUUGAGCAAAGUUUUCAUUGAUAAGAUGACGUUCCUGCUGAAGAAAAUCAAUAGGAAACGACAACAACUUAGCGCCAAAAUUACUUGCCAAUUAGCGAUUACAGAAUACGGUAAAAAUAAAUUCGACGUGGAAUCAUGCCAGGAUGUACAGAAUGGAAAUAAAAUGAACCUUAACUUCACCUUACAAUUAGAGGAUAGAGACUUACCAUUAAACCAAAGCCCAGUACGAAAGUUCAACACAAAGGAAAUUCUCCAGCGAAAACCGAGUUUUACUGUAAAUAGGACUGAAUCCAUGGACAACGAUACAUUCGAUCAUAUCCUACAAGUCACAUCACAACACGAUACUAUAAUGGCUUAUUAUUAUUUGGACGAAAAUAAUAAAGUUAAAGUCACUGAAAUUUUUGAUGUAACCGAUAGUGAUUCUCCAAUUGUUCAGACUUCUGAAGAAAGAAGUGCAAAUACAAAUUUGGAGUUCGACGACGACUGGACAAAUCAAGAGCAAUGGCAACCAAAUGAGGAAAAUAUUGCUCAGUUUGAACUAGAGGACAUACUUGACAGAGAACCAAUCUUUUCUGACCCCGAAAGCGAAUGGACGGGUACAUUCAAAAUCGAAGAACCAGAGGAUGAAGAUGAGCAAUACCCUACCAACGAUACUCUUCCAGAAUCUGAUCGAAGGGGUAGCCGAGAAAUCAUUAAUCAGUGGAACAAAAAAGAAUAUAAAAUCCCAUCGAUGGUCUACGAAGAUAGUGACACAUAAAUGUGUUGGCAUCUACGUUUAGGAUGAUAGUUUUUUAAGAUAUUUUAAAUUAUAUAAAAUUAUUAAAGUAAUAAACAGAGGACCAUAAAAGUUUUUCCACACUUACUCAAUAAAUAUUGUAUUAUAUGCAGCUCUCGUUGAGAAGUUCCAAUUUUCUCAUUCCAUAUCACCCCUCCGCUCAAACUGUGUCAUAAGUAAAAAAAGCAGAGUAUCGAGAAAACGACGUUUAAAAUUAGUUCUAUAACUUUUCCGGAUUUAGUUCAAAGACCAUAUAUUCAAAUAAAUAUUCAAAUAGAAGAUAUUCAAAUUAGAACAAUAACUCUUUUAGUAAGUUACAAACGUUUUUGAAGCUCUACAAAAUAGCGUAUAAUGUCUACUAAAAAUAUUAAAGAAAAAAGAAUGUGUGUACUUUGUACGCACGUAAGAAGUUAUACUUCUAUUAUAUGAUUUCUUAAAAAUAAAUAUACUUUAAACAGUUUGUUUUAAUUUUUUUAAACACCAAAUUUUGUGCUUACCGCUUUCAAAAAAAUAAAAAAAAAGUAUAGAAUUGCUCCGGAUUCGAACUCAAGACCUCUCGAUCUCUGGCCGAAUGCUAUACCAAAUACGCUACGAGGACUGUGUCUGUAUCGGUUCGGACGUACCUAAUGACAAUUCAUGAUAACAAACAGACAAGGUGAAGUAUAAUAAAUAUACAAUAAAAUGUUUUAAUAAUACUCAUCUUACUCCUGAGGAAGACAAAUCCAAAGACACAAAAAUUAUAAUAAAUAUAUUUACUAAAAACACUAAUAUAUUAUUUUCAAACCUUUUCUUGCACUGAUAUAUUUAUACAUAACUUGAAAGAUUUAGCAACUAAACGCCAUACUGUCUGUGUGCGCAUGCGCGCAGUAUUAUGAAAUUUUACUCUCAAUCGCGCCUAAAGAAGUAUACCUUCAAAAAAUUGUUUGAGUUGUGACACUAUACAGAUAUAUCAUUAUUUUUAUCUGGUUAACAGAGUUAUACUUUUUAAUGAUCUAACUUUAAAUAUACCUAAGUAACAAAAUUAAAUAAAAAAUAGUGCAAAAGGAAAAAUAAAAGUAACUUUUCUUGAGUACAUUCGCAGAUUGUUUUGACUAAGGCAAUCACAAAAUACACUGUCUUAAACUCGACAAACGACGCUUUACACAUAUCUUAGAUGGACAACUUCAUUGCGCAAGCCGAUAUGUGACACUGUUUAUGUUCGGUCUCGGUGCAUCGUUGAUUUUGGUUAAACUUAUAAUGACGCCAGUGUCAUCUAACGACAAAUACUUGAACUAUAUCAGUAAUAGUUUUUGAGAUAGGAUUUUGCAGUUUUAUUAAACUGUUGUUUCAAUAAAACCAUUCUUAUUUUUUUUAGUUGUGACACUGUUUGAGCGGAUGUGCGAUAUGUUCAUCACAAUAAAUUCUGCUGUUGUUACAGUUCAUAAACUAUUAAGAGUGUUCCAAAAUAGAUCCUGUGUUUAUAUUUCACAUGGUUACCUAAGAUUGGCCAGAUAUUAUAAUAUUUCUUCUAUGAAUGAUUCCCACAUAUUAUACUCGUAGCUAAGAUUUUUACAUAUACCUAUAAUAAUUAAAAAAAAAUAAAAAAAGGGUGAGUGAGUUCCUUUAAAAAAUUAACAAUUAUGCAUAGUUAGCAUUACAGUUGUAUUAAAAUAAGCAGUAAAUUACCUAUGUACUAAUUUGGGCAUAAACUUGAAUUUAUAGAAUUGUAUAGUGAAUAAUGGCUGGAACCAUGGUAAACGGAAAAUACUAAGAAAAUAUUAAAGGAACAUAUUGGAGGGAAGCAUAAGAGCCCGUUCACAUGACAGGCGCUUAACGCGCUUCUUGAUAACGUGCGAUCACAACUACAGUUGAGUCCGGGAAUCUUUACCCGUGCGUCAUCAUUUAAAGCAUACGAAAUAAGUGGAUGAUAAGUCGGAAAUUGGAAUCUACUAAACGCAACAGCAAGUCACUUAUUGUCACUUGCUGUUGCGUUUAAUAAAUUUCAAUUUCCGACUUAUAAUCGACUUAUUUCGUAUGCUUUAAAUGAUGACGCACGGGUACAGAUUCCCGGACUCAACUGUACAUACAUUUUACUUGAAACCGUUCACAUGCUAACGCGCGUUAGCAUGUGAACAAUCUCAAGUAAAAUUAAUGUUGUUCUGAAGCUAUUUCCUUGUGGCAUUUUUAUGAUUAACUAUUUUGAUGGGAAAUAAGCCACAAUUAAAUUGAAAAAAUAAUUUUAUUAACGUUUCGAAGCCCAAAUCGGGUUUAGUUGUCAAAAUACAAAAUACUACUAAAUUAAAUGAAAAUGUUGUUGCUAAGUAAAAAAAUUCUUCUAAUAAUUUAUUUAAUCUGACUCAUUUAUAUUGGCAAUUCAGGCGUAUAUUAUACAUUUUAAAGUAGAAGACUUUAAAAUGAUAUCGCCAAUAUUUAUGAGUUGCGUUCCUGGGACGACUUUACUAAAAAAUAGUUCAUUCGAUUACAUCAAAUCAAUCCGAACUCAAGAAUAUCCGUCACAAAAAAAAUCAUAGCAUGUGAUCUGUCUUUAAAAAGACAACCAAAUGCAACGAUGACAGUAAAAUUCUCGCGUUAGAGAUUCCAUAGUAAAUCACGAGGGAAAACCAGGCAAAAACCUCGUGAUAAUAUCCCGACAUCGUAAGUAUUUGAUCUUACAUUUAAUUUACUUUCAAAAAACUAAUACCAAAUUCUGACUUUAAUAUUAAAUUAUAAAUAAUAUUAAUAAUACAUAGAUAUACAAUAAGUAAUACUAAAAUAUAAAAUAUGUAGUAACUCGAUAUGUUAUUGACUUACUAAUCGUGGUAUUUUCUUUCUAUUGACUUCCUCUUUCAGUAUGGGUAACCACAUCCUACUGCAUUCUACCGAGGAAUUUGCGACACAAUUGGUUUCAUUUAGCAUAAUUAUGUAUAUUAUAUUAUAUCCUCAAGUAAAAUGUAUGUAGUUGUAACCGCGCGUUAAGCGCUUGUCAUGAGAACGGGGUCUAACAGCUACAACACUAAGGAUCUGCUUUUUCUCAUGAGGAUCUUUCAGUGCGUCACAGUUUUUCGAUUGCUUUCUAACGCAUUAAAUUGCAUGUGACAAAAAAAAACGCACGUCGGUGAUUACAUUUCGUCGGUGACAUUUAUAACAUUUAUUCUAGUUGUCAAUAGAUGGCGAUAAUCGAAAAAAAAAUUAUUUACGAAUUAUAUAAUAUAUCUAUGAAUAUAAUCUGUUCAAUUUAUAAGACUAUACAAAUCAAAGAAAAUACCAUUUUAUAAAUGCAAUAAACACAAUUGAUUUGAUUUUAUGCCAAAUUGCAAAUAAAAUGUGACAACUGUCAGAUUUAACUAAAAUGUCAUGUCACUAAAAUGUAUAUUAUCACGGACUUACCUUUUUUUCUAUCAUUUGUGACGCACUGAAAAAUGCUCAUGAAAAGAAGCAUAUAAACGAUAUUUAGGCAAUUAAUAUUCAGGGGAUUUUAUUCGUAAUAUUGAUGAUGAAGUUAUCAAACAUUAGCUAAUAAGUCCCAUUGCUAACAGUUUGUUUGUUCAAUUAAAAAAAUAUUAGAAAAAUCGUAUUAAAAAGUCAUAUCGACGGCGGAAAGGCAGGAUCUCGUAACUAAAAAAUUUGUAUAAAAUGAUUAAAAUGUUUUCGCUUUAGAAUAAGUGUAUCGGCACCUAUUAAACAGCGGUUCCAGCUGGGAAAAUUUCCGGAAGGCUUCCAGAAGGCUUUCCCAGCUGUAACCGCUGUUUAAUAGGUGCCGAUACACUUAUUCUAAAGCUAAAACCUAAGUAACUCAUUUUAUACAAAUUUUUCGGUUAUGAGGUCUUGCCUUUCCGCCGUCGAUGUAGGAUAUUUACGCUAACAAAAUUUGUAGCACUCUAAUCAAAUUUUUAUGUUAUAAUCGAUUUCCAAGAAAAAAACUCUAGACGGUGAGUAAGAUUAAAAAAUUUGUUGCAUAAAUAUUAAUUUAAUCAAUGGUACUGGUAUCUAUUCUAUUAUAUUUUUUGUUAAAUUUUGCCUAUCAAUUUUGUUCACAUUUCAAUAUUUAUUCAGCUCUAUUGAAAAGUUUUAGUACAUAUACAUAUACAUAUAUCCAUUUCUUGUGGUGGUAUCAAUUCGGUGAUUAUCAGAAAUUAAAAACAAUCAGGGAAAAUUCUUGAUAAAGAAAGUUUGACAAAUUUGACAGACUCAUCCAGUCUCAUAUAUCGAGACUAUUUCGUUCUUUUAAUGCCGCAUAUAUAGGUACUACUACCAUCUUUCUAAACCACUCAUUAAUAUUCAUCUGAGCGGAGUGCUAUAUUCGAGGUGUGAACAUCAGUAAACAAAUCAUUUGGAUACGGAUUAUUCCAUAAAGCAGGUAGAUCCCUUGUUUAUGGAAUCUCACACCUCGAAAAUUACCACUCUCUUGAGCUGAAUAUUAAUAAGUCUCUUAGAAAGAUGGUAGUAAUAUAUAUCUUAACGCUUAAUUUUUUUUUGAUAUCUAAUUGUGUCUUUUCCAACAGUUCUUAUUUUAAUUAAAGCUAACUACGCUUUUGUUAAUUAAAUGUUAUUUAAAACAAAAGGAAUUACCUAAUUCCAUUAAAAUAGUUAACCCGUAAAUAUUGGUGAUUUAAAAUAUUGUGAUUUAUGUUUAUACCAUUGUUUAAUGUUAUUAUUUUUAUUAGAGAUUAUAGAAUUAUUAUUAUUAGAAAGUUAGUGAACCAUAGUUUACGUUAUUGUAUCUCUCAUAGUGUUCAGCAUGACUACAUUUCCAACUAUCUUUAGAAUAGUAUUAUCAUAUCUAUCAUACCUAUCAGAAGAGUUUUCUUUAUUUAUGAUAUCGUCCUUCUUUGAUUAGUUUUAUUUGGCCACUUGGUCCUUUCUCCGCACCUGCGGUAAAAUGGAGUACUACCACCGUAUAACCAACAAACAGAAAUAAAUCUUUUUGAAAACAUUAUAUGUAACCUGGGCUAAAUUUUUGAUUAUGAUUAAAUCCUGCAAUAACAAAAUCUUCUCUUACAACUUAUUCACUCAUUUACAACUUAGCCAACAUUGCCAACAACUGAAUCAAAUAGUGAGCUUCGGAUUAUAUUCUAAAUUAUUAUUGGAUACAAAUAUACAAAUAUGUAGAAAAAGUUUAAUUUUGUUUCAUGUGAAUUUUUUCUUGUUUCCCUUUGUUUAACUGGAGUAAACUAAACACAUUUGUGUGACUUCAGUUUUAUUUAGAAUAUAACUUUUUGCAAUGCUCAAUGUUUGCGCAACUUGAACAAGCCUGCUGUUUUUUGGUAUACUGUGGAAGUACAACAUUAUUUGGACAAUUUGUUACCAUUUUCUCAUUCUCAGUGUGUUGUGAGUAGGUACACAUUAUUAUUGUUUUUUGUGUUUUAAUUUUUGACAGAUUUGCCUUGAAAGUUGGUCUUGGGUAGUCUUAGGAUGUAGGUUUAAGGUAAUCGACAUGUAAAUAAAGAAAUGUGUGAUAAAAGUAUAUUUUUAUAUUGUAUAUAUUUUUAUAACCAAGUAUUACAAUAAUUUAAUGUCAAUAAUUUUUAAUUAUUUUGUUUCGCAUAUUGUUACGAUUAGUAAAUAUAAUGUUUGCAAUAUUUA